AUGUUUAAUCCGAAUAUAUUCUCAUUUAGAACAGGAUUAGGGCGUAUUUCAAUUCUAUCACAAAUGGCUUCAUCUCUUUGUGCUGGCAUUGUUUUCGCCUUUGUCGAACAAAGGCACAGAAAAGCUCUUGACUACAUGUCAACCCUUUAUGGUGUUCAUAUUGUACUAUCAGGUAUCUGUUGUGGUAUUCCCACUAAAUUUGUAUGGUGGAUAAUUACAUUUUUAGGAUGGGCAGCUGCCACAAUGAGCGCAGAAUUUAUCUCAUUACGCAUUGAAUCACGUGCUAUUAGUAUUCAAGAUGAUGCAGACACUUUAUUUGUCAGAGAUGAUACCAAAAAGUCUUCAGGAUACCAAAUUUAA